GAAACAGUUCUGUUUGGAAGGACCUCUGUGUAAGCAUCCUGGUGUACGGAUGUCUGUGUGGUCUAGUUGUCUCAGGGCAAGCACCCUGUAUCUUAGGGGUGAUCAUGCUUUGUAUUUUUCCUUCUUUGUUCCCUACAAUUUGUCCCUCUAGGACAUUCUUUAAAAAUGCUGAGAAACAUGGGCGAUAGAGCCUGGUAAGCUGUCUUAGGACAUCGUGGACAAGAGCCUUCUGAUUGGUUGUAGGCAGACAAGGGGCAGAGGUGGUGGGAUGCAGCUCUUGGGCAUACUCCAGUUCUGUCUGCUCUAGGGAACUGGAAUUCAGAACUCUGGCUCUGGAACAUCUGCUCAACUCAUAAAGCAUCCUUGGCAACCACCCAGCCAAGUUCACAGACAGGGAGAGCAGAGACACGGUCCUUGCCACUUACUGGUGCACUCACUGUUCUGAGGACAUUCAGGCAGUAAUUGCAGCAAAGAAGUUGAAACUUCGGCCAUGGCUUUGUCACACCGGGAGCCACUCUCUGAGACGGUGGGAAAGCGCAUGGUCAUCACAGAAAACAGAAAAUAAAACAAACAAAAACAGCAACAACAAAAAACCAACGUUCCUUCUGGGUACUGGAGAAAUGGAACAGCAGCUAAGAGCACUUAUUGCCCUUACAGAAGACCUGGGUUCAGUUCCAGGAACCCAUGUGAUGGUUCAUAACCACCUCUGUCACUCCAGCUCCAGGGCAUCCUUCUUCUGGCCUCCCAGAGCACCAGACAUGCACAUGAUGUGCACACAUACAUGCAGGUCCAGACUACAUAAAAGACCACUUGCCUAAAGUUCACCAGCAUAUCGCCUAUAUAGGAGAAAAGCGUCCAGCAUUAGAGAAAACUGGAGAUCUCAGAUAUUUAUGGAGGUCUGCUUCCAACAGAAGCCUGCCGGCAAAGUAUAAACACGAGUACACUGGUGGAAUUGGUUGGGGGAUACCACAGUACAGUUUCUUCAACAGAUCAAGAGUGGAAAGUGGCUUUCAUAUCCAGCACGGCGAACUAAGUCUUCGAGCGAUGGACAGAUUAACCCACCGCUAUCAAAACCCUUGUGAGAUGGAGCAUGGACCAUGGGGUUCCUCAUGGUUUCUGGUGACGAACGCAACCCCCAGCGGCAGGAAGAUCGACUCAGACAAGGACCUCGGACUUCAACCAGGCCUCAGGGUGCAGAACAGGCCACUCAUAUCAUUAUUACCCCCAGCUGCAGCACAACCCGAGGAUGUCAACAUAUCUUCAGGUGGCAGCGCAGAUCAUGGACAAGGCCUGCAGUUGUUAACAUGCCCCCCAGACAUCAACACAGACUCUGGGGGUAGUAGAACCACAGACCCAGACAUAGUCCACAGUAGCAGCACAGGCCAUGAUUAUGUGUCUUCAGGGGACAGCACAGACUACUCAGAUUGGUACAACCCCCAGAGGCAGUCUAGGCCAUUCUCAUCAGUAUGGCUCCCAACUGCAGCACGACCCAGGGACAUCGGCAUGAUUUCAGGACACCCACGUGGCCUUCAGUUGUUAACAUGCGCAGACAUCAACACAGACUCUGACUAUGGUAGGAACACAGACCCAGACGUGGCCCUUAGUAGCAGCCUAAUCCCAGAUAUAAACAUGGCAUCACGUGGCUACAGAGGCUACUCAGAUUGGUACGGUCCCCAGAGGCAGCACAGGACAUUCACAUCAAUAUGGCCCCCAGCUGCACGACCCAAAGACAUCAACAUGGCUCCAGGUUACAACAUAGAUCAUGGACAUGUGCAUGGCCUGCAGUUGUUAACAGGCUCCACAGACAUCAACACAGACUCUGGGGGUAGUAGGACCACAGACCUAGAUGUGGCCCCCAGUAGCAGCAUGGUCCCAGAAAUCAACAUGGUUUCAGGUGGCAGAGGCUACUCAGAUUGGUAUGGCCCCCAGAAGCAGCGCAGCCCACAGACAUGGCUUCAGGUGGCACCACAGGCAGCAGACAUCUGCAUGACACCAGGUAGUAACACAUACCUAACCACAGACAUCAACAAAGACCCCAGAUGCAGUACUAUGCAGUACCAUGCAGAUGGGACCAUGAAUAGCUCCAUGGCUUCAGAUGGCAGCCCAAACCACUCACAUACAGCCCAGGGAUAUCAACCCGGCUUCAGGCUGAAGCAUAGAUUGAGGAGAUCUGCAUGGAGUUAGGUAGUACAAAGGCCACAGACAUCAGCCCAGUCCCUGGCUGCAUCAGGACCACUGACGCACACAUGGCCCUCGGUGACAUCAAGGACCAGUUCUGCCUCUUCCCACAGUGCAUGCUCUGCUCCACUCUUCCGCCCUUCCCCCAUCCGCACUGCUCGCUUAUCUGUUCAUCAUCGUGGCACCCGCUAGCCCAGUCCAGUUUCCACGAGCUUAGGCCCCGUUCUUUUCUAAUACAAAGAUUAUUACUUUUUAA